CAUCUAGGCCUCUCUUUUCCUAAGGAAAAAUGGCAGCCUCUCAAUUGAACACAAAAUCCAAUUUCCAUGCUCGUUCAAACAGCUUACCCUCUAGACCACACCCUCUCAUCCUACAAUGCAAUGAGCACUUGGAAAGGUUAAGGUCUUCCAAUGAAGCCUCCUCUUCCUCUUCAUCCCUUAGCCAUAAGCUAGGAGGGUUGCAAGAUCUGCAUGAAUGUGUUGAAAAUUUGUUCCAACUUUCCCUCACCCAAGAAGCACUUCACCAUGAGUGUCAAGAAAACUGGGUAGAUGAGCUUCUGAAUGGAUCCUUAAGGCUCUUAGAUGUGUGCACAGCCGCAAAAGACUCUCUACUGCAUACAAAAGAGUGCAUGCGAGAACUUCAAUCAAUUAUGAGAAGACGAAAGGGAGGUGAAGUGGAGCUCAAGGCAGAGAUUAAGAAGUUCUUGACUUCAAGGAAGGUGGUAAAAAAGGCCAUCUCAAAAGCCUUGGCAAAUUUGAAGGGUACUACAAAAAGUUGCAACAUCUCAUCUACAAACAAAGACAAUCAAUUGAUUAGCUUAUUGGAGAAUGUGGAAGUGGUCACUCUAUCAACAUUUCAGGCAUUAUUGCAAUUGAUCUCAGGGACUACACAAUCAAAGUCAAGCAGCUGGAGUUUGGUUUCCAAGCUAAUGCAGAGCAAGAAAGUAAGUUGCUCACAAUUAGCAGAUGAAAAUGAAUUUUCCCAACUUGAUGAAGCAUUGCAAUCCUACAUGUUUUCCCAGACAAGUAAAUUUGAAAACAUGAAUAAGCUGCAAACCCAAUUGGAGAAAGUGGAGUCGCUUGUUCAAGAUCUUGAAGAAGGUUUUGAAUUUCUGUUUAGGCGUUUGAUAAAGACUAGAGUUGCCCUUCUUAACAUCCUCAAUCACUAGUUAAGAUUAUCCGAGUCAUCCAAAUUUUGUAAUGUAUAGAUAUAUAGAUACAUUGAAACAUUUUACCCAAAUUUUGAUUGUAGUAUCAUAAGUGAGCAAUGAUCAUUUCGUGACUCAAGUUAUUCAAGGCAACCCUACAAGUACGUAUCAUUAGAAAAUGGC